AUUAUUAUCGUCUAAUUUUCUACUGUACAUUUUUUUUUCAUAUCAAUAUUACUAAUAUUUUUUUUAUUGUUCGCAUAUCGCAUUUCAAUGUGUGUUGUGUCAUUUGAAUGUUUGCAUUCUUCAAAGUGAUUCCAUUUGCGGUAUUAGAAUAAAAGUGAAUUUUCAAGUGAAUGGACUCAGUUGUGUAUUCUAAUAUACGGUGAAACUGAAGUAAAUUUGUCAUUUAUCUACGACAGCGCGUAUGUUUUUUUCUUCUUUUGCUGCCUCAUUUUGUGUCAUAAAAUUGCCGUACAUGGUUUAGGCACAGAGCCGCACAUACAUUUACGAAUUUUUUUUCUUCACUGUUUACGCUAUACGCGCGCGCGAUGGUGUAAAAAAAAUAUAAUUUUUUUUUCUUCUCCUGGAAAAAAAGCACACGUUCCAUCAGCGAAAUAACAACAACAUAAAAAAUCGUUUGGUGACGAACCAGAAUUACGUAUACAAAAGAAGAAGAAAAACACUCAACACUCCAGCAAAAUUUAAAUCGCGGCUUGACAUUUCUCACAAGUGUGAAUACGACAACGACAACAACGAAGACUAUAAAAACGAAUGAAUUAAGCUGAAAAAAAUAUCGAAAGAGAGAGAGAAAAAAACACUUGUUGGGCGAAUCAGGAACACAAGAAAAACACAAACAAAAAUCUGUCUAAAAACUCAAGUUUCACAAGCACAUGGACUGCAUUUUUCGAUCCCAUGACAUCACUCACACAUUGAUUUUCAGCGUUAACACAGUAACAUUUCAAACAGAAAAUAUUAUUGCAUUUUGUAUAUUUUGUGUUGUGAAAAAAAAAACUCGAUGCGGGGAAAAACAGUGAUUUCUAUAUCGCACGAAAUGCCUUUUAGUGAAACGAGCAAUUGAUUUAUCAUCUGACCGAAGAAAAAAAAUCGAGAUUCGACGAUUGAUUUGUGAAUGAAAGCGAGUUCAGUUAGUGUAAAUGUAACGAACGAAAAAAACAUCGUCAAAUACAAUAAUUAAGCGAUAACAAGCAAGUGAAUGAUAAAAAAACAUCGAAUUGACCGUCUCAAAUAACAUAAUAUUCAUAGUUUGUCAACUUUCGGUGUAAACUAUUGAUCGAGCACGAAAAAAAUAAAAGUAAAAACAAUAUCGUGAGUGUAACAUUUAUCGGUUGAGCGAUCCAAUUUGGAUGAAUGAACAUUUAGUUUUUUUUGAUCGUUUUCAAUUUCAAACAAAUGUGUUUUAUUUACCACACAUUCCAAAAAAGCAAAUCGUUUUGUUUUUAGCACAAAUUCCGUCAAAUGUAUGUGCAGUGUGUAUGUAUAAAAUAACAACAACCGAUACCAGUGAUUUGAACAUCGACAACGGCAAUGUAAAUAAAUGCAUGUGGUUUCAUUUGUAACUGUUUGUUGACUCAUCCUCAAUAGACUCUCCACAUCGGCGUUGUUCAUGUUGGUGUUUUUUUUAUUGAAUAAAAGUCGAGUUUCAAUUUAACACUUCGCAUUAAACGAUAUUAUUGGAAUUGGCAAGAAAGAGAGAAUGAAAUAUUUAUCGUAGAAUCAUUUAAACCAUGACUAAGUGGCAUAAAUACAAUAAAUUCACAUUCGACGACAGUUUCAUGACGAAUUCACAUUUGUAUUAAAACAAACGCAACAAGUUUAAGCAUAAGCAUCACAUCGCAUUGUGUUGAGAGAGAAACAAAAAAAGAGUGGCGAGUGUUUAUGUGUUGUUUGCGCGCACAUCGUGUCGAUGCUAAGUGCUGAUCUGAACCGUUCGACACAAACUGACUUUACAGUUAACUCAAAGAAUUUCAUAAACAACAUAGAAUUAUCGCUCUAUUUGUAAGUGAAGAAGAAGAGACGACAAAACCGAUUUCUUAUCUUGACAUUGUCAAUUGAGUUCUAAAUUUUGCAUUUGCAUGCAAACGUGCAGUGAAUGCAAAAAAAGAGAGAAUUGUAUAUUGGUCAUAUAUAUUAAACUGAAGUGUAUUCGUCCGUAUUUUGUGUGUUUAUUUGUGAAAAAAAAGAGUUUCAAACGAAAAACAAAACUUUGAGACAAACGUUAAAAUAGGAAUAAAUUGUGUGUGAAAUUCGAAAUAGAAAUUUAAAGAAAACGAUAAACGAACGAACGAACGUCUAUUGGAUUAAAUCUGUCAACAAAAUCUGGAUAUAAACAAAAAUCUUCAUCAAUCGAUUUUAUCACUGGCUUACUCAUUCGCGUCUCUCACAGUCACACAACGAAACUUGUUCAGUUGGUUCUUGAUGGCAAACCGAUGAAUAAUCAAUGGAGCGGAAAUGUCCCAAAUGCGUGAGAUAACGACGAUAAAUCAGAAUUCAAAUUCUGAUGCGUCUGAAAAGUUGACCAAUGGUCAUUCGGCCGACAAUCAAUCGCCAUCAGCAACAAACCAAUACUCAUUGACAAGUACAAUAAAAAGUGAUGGAAACAAUAAUAAUGUGAUGAAAAAGUCAAUGCCACCGCCGGUACCACCAAAGAAAUACAAUCGAAACAAUGGUGCAACCAAACCAAACACCGAUCCAGCGGAUAAUGAUAACAGCACACAAGCAAACAACAACAGCAGCAGCGGCACAUCACAUAAUGCUGUGAUAAAUCACGUCCACGGGCCAAUUGCCAGAGGAAACGAAUUGCACAAAUUAUCCAAUUCAUCGAACGACGGAGAUGACGAACAAGUUAACGGCAAUGGAAAAGGUCAAUGUGGCGUUUCGAAGCGUUUAGAUAAUGUCGCCGAUUGCAAAAACGAUCGGAAAACAGCUUCUGUUUUAUGUGGCGGCUCAACCAUUUCAAGUGAUAACAACAAAAAAUUGAACGAUGAUAUCGCGGCGUCAACCGCCACUGCAUCGAAAUGCGACCGUAACAGCGGGACAUCAAAUCAUUGUGACAACGCGUUGAAAAGCGAUAAAAAGGACGGUGCAUUGGGAGGUGAUAUGGUUGACAGCGGUGCUGGUUAUUGUGUACAACGACCGGAAGAGGAAACAGUUAUGUUGUUAAAAAAUGACGAGCGACGGCUGCCAAAUUCAAACAAAUGCAACGAUAAACAAACAAACGAUGCCGAUGACGAUGACGACGGUGAUAGAAGCGUUACAUUUGACAAACAUCGAAAUAAUUGUGAUAGUUUACGAGAAAUAAAUGCAACGAACAUUAACGAAAUCGUCGGUGUCAAUAACGGUGGCGACAGCCGUCACACCAACAAAAACCACGGUGAUGACUUAUUCGGUGACGAUCUUGAAGAGGAUCCAUACGCUGAACUACAAUCAUAUUUGGAAAAAGUCAAACGUGAAAUAAACGAAGUUCUUGAGCAGCGGAAAUUAAGCGGAGCAGCUGCAUCGCCGUCAAGUCUUCAUGAUUCGAAUGAUAUCAUUAGAAAUAAAGCAGCGAAUAGCAUUGAUUAUCGUUCUAAUGGCAUUGAUGCUGCCUUAAAACAUGACAGUUUGCGAGAGGCCCAUUGCCGUUUAAAUGCAAAAAUCAUUAGAAAUGUGAACAGUUUGAAUGCGCCGCUCAGUCCGAAUCAUGGGUCAAACAUUCGAAAAACCAACGAAUGGGCCGAUUCAAUACUCAAGGAUUUGGACACAUUGAUAUUGUCGAAUCAACGAUAUACGGCUAGUUUGGGUAAUUCGAUCACAACAUCAAAUCCGACAUCCAAUGUCACCGCUGCCGAACCACCGAAAUCGCCUCACAAACGAAGUACAAUCAUUAAUGUGGUAUUGCGAAAAACAACACCGUCAACAUCGCCAACCUCACCGACCGCACCAACAGCGUUCGCAUCAACGCCAACCAACAAUCUAAACAAGAAUCAAACCGCGAUCAUCAACACGGCUGCAACAACAACGAAAGACAAUAAUAAAAUUCCAAAACCGGAAAAACAUACAUAUAUACCGCUGCAGUCAUUCAAAGUGGAGAGGCCGAAGGAUCUGCCGUUAUCGACCUCUUCAGCGAAAGGAAAUCGUAAAUACGCUGUCGAUAUACUGGAAAAAUAUUCCAAACAACCGCAUUUUGGAUUGACAGCGUCGAAAGAGACUACGAAUUUUCCGGUAUUGAAAAUUGAAGAAGAUUUCGAAGACAUUCCCACAAACGGAACGUGCAAGACAAUAUCCACACAAACCAGCCCCGUAAAUGAAUUGAGCACCGGUGGUCGAACAAAUAAAAAAGGUUCAUCAAAUAGCCUUUGGACAUCGGACGAAUCAAUUUUAAGAAGUGGAGAAACCGGACUGGAUGAAGACACAAAGUCAUCGUCAUCGUCGUCGGCAUGCGAAGAAACUGGCGGAGUUAUUAGCUCCGGAAAAUCAGAUUCAUCUGGAUUAGACAAUGACAAUGCGGAGAGUGGUAUUGGCACGGCAACACCGCCCAAAGAACAGGAGAAUUGGCGUCAAUUGAAAUCGGCCCAGCAACACAACCACCACCACCACCAACAACAUCAUCAUCAGCAACAACGUGCACGAAAAAAUUGGGUGCGACAAGAGAGCGUUAUGACACAAACCAAUUAUGAUGACGUGAUUGUGGCGCUGCCGCUGCCUCCGGUGUCACCGUUACAAAAAAUCCGUGAUUGUGGCGAUGAAAUGGAUAAUUUGGAUAUUUUAAGUUUGUGCGAAGGAACAACCGAUGAGUAUGACAUUACUGAAGACGAUUAUCUCUCUGACGAUCGAAAGCUCGAUAAAAGUAUCGAUACAGCAUCAUCAUGUACAAAAAGUAGCAGCGCCGAACGUGACUAUGAUUCGGAUGUGGCUAUUUUGAGAAAUCACACCAAUCGAACAUCGUCAGCGUGCAGUUUGCCACAGGAAUCGGCGACAACUCGUUUACAUGCCACAUCCUACCCAAUUCAUUAUUCGGAUAAAUCAUUGCAUGCCGUUAAAUCGGAAUGUAGCGGCAGCAGCAGUAGCAGCGCUGGUAGUGCCAAAAUUAGCAAUUCGAGCCGAUCACAACUCCCGCCGCGACGUCCAUUCGUACUUCAUUUGCAUAACGAACCAUUCCAUAAUGUGAUGGAAUUGCCAUCGCCGAGCAGCGCCUCGUUGCACAGCGGUCACGGGCAUCUCACAACGAUGCAAGAGCUCACAACCAAAUCCAAUUCAGCACCAAUUCUACUAAAAAAAGAACGCAAACGCGAUGACUUUGUCGUCGGUCAUCCGAUUAAUCUUCGCUAUUCUCGCUCUCAAAGCGACCGAUAUUUGGCUGAAAUUGAGGCAAUUGAAGCAUGCAAAUGGCUCAGAGCAGCUGGUUUCCCACAAUAUGCGCAAAUGUAUGAAGAUUUACAAUUUCCGAUUGAUCUCAGCAAUGUGGCCAAAGAUCAUCCAUUCCUGGAAAAUGACCCCCUGCAGUCACUCUAUCGACGGUUGGUUGCAUUAAAUCGCUGUGCAACGAUGCGAUUGGACAGCGCGCACAAACAUGGAACAAAUAACAAAGAGGAAUCAGAGGAUGAUGAGUAUGCGUUGAGUGAAAAUUGGACAUUUCAACAGACGAAUCGUCGAUGGUCACGUGUCGGUGAGAUGGACAUGCAAAAACCAAUUGAAAAAUUGAAUAGUACAUUGAAUACAUCACGUGAAUCGAGUCCCGAACAGAAUGACACAAAUGAUGAACAACAAUUGGGCUUUUCGACCCUGCCGAUUGGCGUGUCAUUUUCCCAAUCGCAAGGCGAUGAGCAAGAUCAAAUUCCGGUACGAUUACGUCGAACGGGUAGUGAACGUUUAAAAGAUGGUGCCAAAGCAUUUCUGCGUCGAGUUGAAUCGAUUAAAUCACGACGCCGAAAGCGACAAAAUCGUGAUGGUGUUGUGAUUAGUGGUCCGCAAACAUUGGACUUAUCACAAAUUAGCCCAAAAAUGAAUGAUCUUAAAAUGGUGAAUAUUAUAACAAUGUCAACACCACCGUCACCGGCUCCAGGCAGCCCGUACACAACCAUUUUAACAAAUAAUAAAUUGGCAGCCACACUCAAUAACAAUGAGCUUAGAGUGAUUGCAAAUGAUUAUUCAUCGACGGAAAAACUCAGUCCGAAUCAUUUGAGCCCACGUCAUUAUACGAACCUGGCACCAAACUCCUAUCUGCACACCCAGCACAGCCAAUCGAAUCGAACCAGUCCAUUGCAUUUCUUUGCACACAAUCCCGGAUUGACAAAAGAUUUAAAGGGCUCUGGUGAUGAUUCGUCGUCAUACUGCAGUGAUGCUAGCCAAGAAUCAAGUGGAGGCGGCGGUGGUGGCGUUGGCAGUGGAGUCAGCACAAUACCAAAGAAGAGACCAUCGCGCACAAGACGAUUUUUACAAAAAGGCAGCAAAGUUGAAGAUAUUGGCGCUCUAUCGGAUUCCGAAUGUCAUCAAAUGUUCUCAAGACAGCGAAAUCGUAUUUUCCACGAUGGCAAUCAAUUAACGGUGAAUAAUAACAAUAAUAACAGCGUUGACAACACCAUUGAUCCAAAAUCGUCAAAAUUCUCACGUGGCGGUUCAUUGAAUUUGGGCAAAGAAUCACAGAAAUUCAAAGAAUCGUUUAAAAGCAGAAGUUUUCGUUCACGUAGCUCGGCCAGAGUUAAAGCAGAUGGUGAAUUUGAUAAUAAAUUCAGAACAAGAAGCUCCGUUGUACGAUGGCAUAGCUUUCAAAAUGGUGAACGACCAGAAUGGUGCAAAAUAACGAUUAAAACACCAGAUUUUAAACAAGAUGCCGGAACAUUAUUGGCUUCAAUGUCUUGUGGUCAAUUGCAAGUUGUGAGAAAAUUAGCUCUAGUCACUUUAACCGGAUACAUGGAAAGAUAUUGUCCAACACAUCGCUCUGGAUGGAAUUGGGAGCUACCGAAAUUCAUCAAAAAGAUUAAAACGCCAGACUAUAAAGAUAAAAGAGUAUUUGGUGUUCCAUUAGUGCUAUUUUUGCAACGAACCGGACAAACCAUGCCAACAGCCAUUCAAACAGCUUUUAAAUGGUUGAAAUUGAAUGCAUUGGAUCAAGUUGGUUUGUUCCGAAAAUCUGGCGUCAAAUCACGCAUAGCAAAAUUAAAAGAACUGAUUGAAGACUCACACGGUGAUGUUAUGGAAACGUAUGACUUGCAACAGGCAUACGACGUGGCUGAUAUGUUAAAGCAGUACUUCCGUGAAUUGCCGGACACAUUGCUCACGGCCAAAAUGUCGGACACAUUUAUUGCAAUCUUCCAACACUUACCAGCCGAAGUGCAUUUCGAUGCAGUGCAAUCGGCGAUUUUGUUGUUGCCCGAUGAGCAUCGUGAGGUGUUACAAUAUUUAUUGGAAUUCUUACAUAAUGUCGCCGGUCAUGCGAUGAUCAAUCAAAUGACAAGCAAUAAUUUGGCCGUAUGUUUGGCACCAUCACUGUUCCACGGCGCAUUUUCGGCACCGCCACGAUCAAACUCCGUAUCGCCACGUCGACGCAAACCAACCGGAAUGCCGGACUCAAGAGAAUUGACUGAAACACGUGCCUCGCACGAUUGCCUUACAUACAUGAUUGAAAAUUAUCGCAAAUUGUUCAGCAUCUCAAAUGAAAAAGUGCAGCGAUGUAAUUUCAAUUACAUGGAGGAAUCAAAACCAGUACCAUUGGAAGCAUUGGGAGAAGGUUUACAAGUGCACGAUUGGCGUGGGUAUCUGUAUGAGUGCACGAGUGCAACGAUUAAGGAAGGACGCGAAAAAUCACGUGGUUGGAUUUCAAUGCAAACAUUCGAUCCAUUCAUUGAUGUUGCACACAAAAAAGUUGGCGACGGUCAUCCACUACGACUUUGGCGUUGCACAACCGAAAUUGAAGCGACACCAAUGGAAAUAUUGCACUUUAUUUUCAAAGAACGACGUCAAUGGGAUUCAUAUCUCAUGAAAUGCCGCAUCGUUGAGCAACUCGAUGAUCACAGUGAAAUUUUCCAAUAUGCCACUGGCGGCCAUGUCAUCACUGAUUACUGUGUUCUGAGAUCUUGGCGAGCGGAUUUACCACGCGGUGCCUGUGUAGUUGUUGAAACGUCCGUAGCUCAUUCCGAUGCACAUUUGCUAUUGGGCGGUGUCAGAGGUGUUGUGCUUGCAUCUCGCUACCUCAUCGAACCAAUCGGUAAUGGAAAAUCGAAAAUUAUGCACUUGGCGCGUGUCGACACAAAAGGCCGCAGCCCCGAAUGGUAUAAUAAAUGUUAUGGUCACAUUUGUUCGCAGUAUUUAUCGAAGAUUCGAAGUGCUUUCAAGCAUCACAGCAUCGGUUCGGAUGGAAAAUAAGAAAUUAUUAUAGCCCCAUUCAAAUAGUUAAAUUAAAUUAGAGGAAAAUUUGUUUGAAAUUCCAAUAAUUGUGUAAAUAUUUGUUUAGACAGGUUUUUUUCUGUCGAUUUAAAAAAAAAAAAAGAAAAGAAAUGUUUGAAGGUUUUAGAUGUAAAAAAAAAGUUUAGUUGAUAAAUUUUGUGAAAUAAGAAGCGAAAAUAGGAUUGAAUGCGUUUCUAAAAGAAGGCACUAAGAACGCAUCAUCAGCAAUGCACAUAUAAUAAAAGAAUGCUGAACUUAUUUGUAAAUUGACAUUGACACACUGUCAAUAAUAGCCCGUUCACGGUUUCUCUAAAACAAAAAUUAAAUCACGUUAAUAUUAAGCAUCAAGCACACAAAUCCUAUUUUUGAUAAAUGUUAUUGAAAACCAAUUAUUAUUCCAUUAACCACGGUGUAUGUAUAUUGAAUGAGAAAAGAAGAAAAUUUGAAGAUUUUAUCAGAGAUAAAAGCUCAAUGAUAUGCUAUUGCAACAAUAUUUAGUAUUAUAAAUAUUAAGUGAAUAAAAGAAAAAACAACAACAAAAUAUUAGUAUAAUAUAGCGACGUGAGCGCAUCAUGUGAGGUCCAAUAAUAUAAUAGAAAUUCAAUUGACACACAAAAUUGAAUUGAGUUUAGUGUAAUUUAUCACCUACCUGUUGUUUGUUCGCAUUAAGGAAUUUAUAAAUACUCAAUUUAUAUCACAUAUUCAACCCAUUUCCUAUUGGAAACUGAUUUGAAACAAAACCACAAUACACAUAUAUAAACAAUAUGAGCAAAUAAAUCUAAAUGAAUGUCAACCGUUUCAUUUUUCGUUCGUAUCAAGAAUCAAGUAGAGAAAAGCAUAUUUUUUUGGUCGUACACAAUAAGGCAUAUGUACUAAAUAAAACAAGGUGUAAAUUCAUCCAUGAGACUUAAUCACUAACACAUUAUACAUAGACAAAACAAUGGAAAAUAGUUAAGUAAGCAUUUCAAAGGGGAAACAAUCUCCUUUCACUAGUCAUUCAAUUUAUUGUUUCAUUAGAGUUUUCUUCGCCCGUAAAUUUUCUGCAUUCAAUUUGCUAAAUGACAAAAUCACUUUAUAUCCCUAAAAAAAACCGUCCACACAAUUCAAUUAAUCAGAAUAUACCGCUGUAUGUCCCAUCAUAACUUCGUCGAACUUUUGUAACUGGACACAAAAUUACCAUUGCCGUUGAGAAUUUUUCUGCAUUUCGUAAGCAUUAUUAUAUACACAUAUUUUUUUUCCGGCAAAGUAUUAAAUUUGAACAAAAUUUUACAUUGAAAUGGAAAUAAAGGAGUUAGUUAUAUAUUUCGUCUAUAGAUUGUUGAGAAAAAAUUUAUAAAUGGCCAAUUCAAACACAUUUGAAAUUGAACACUUGAAUUUGUUAAUCAAUAAGAAAUAAGAACAUGUAAAUAAAAGCCAAAAACCAUCAAGUACCUUAAAAUAAUGGAAAAACAAACAUAUUGAAAAUACACACACACACACGUCUCUAUUGAAAACGUACAUAUUUUAGUGAAUUAAGUGACAUUUAUUGAAAAAUUAAAAGAAAAAUAUUCAAACGUCCUGCAAUUUGGGGCAAUUAUUUAAUAUGCAUUGAUUCUGCACCAAAAUGUAUCAAUAUAUAUAAAUGUAUUACAUGCUA